AUGAAUAAAUCGCUACUAAUUGUGUUCGCUUUGAUCGUUUCCACUCUUCAAUUGGAAUUCGAACAGUAAGCAAUUGAAAAAUUUCAGAUUGUAGACUUCCGAAUUUAGAAUUUUCGAUUUGAAUGACGUGGAGAACAAGGCGUGCCAGAAUGGGUGUAAAGAGGACAAAGUGAGAUGGUCCACGUACAAAGAGUAGGAGAGUACUGCCAAUAAAACUGUGAUCAUCAUACUUUCAGCACUUUCACGAACCUCAAUCAAUGCUCGGUUUGUACGACUCUGUUCGAAUUGUGUGUCAAGGUACUGCACGCCCACAUCAGUACUUCUCUCGAAAUCUCGUUUCAGUACCGUACGUGUCAGUCGAAUUGUGUUCCCGAGAUGCCGGUGCUUCCGUACAAAGUGGCCAGAGACUUUGCCUAUCGAGUCGUGAGUCUCUUUAUCGAUUCUGUGCCAGACGUGUCUGGAUUUGCAGCGUCCGCCAAUGAAUCCGUGUCUGGAGUUGGUGUCCGCGUGCAACUACGAAUCGAUGGACGCCUACGAGUCUCUGCGAACCGACAAUCCCUUCCUUUUCAUCUGA